CGCUGCAACAAAUGUUUAUCCGGGAAAGAAAACUGAAAAGAAAAAAAAAAAAAAAUCUUUCGCCAAUCACGGAUCUGCUUCACCCAGCUUCAAAUAAAAACAACAGAUUUUGCAAGAGGCAGUCUUCGAACGGGACGACUUUGUUAAUAUAAAUGUUCUGACCCUGUCGAAAGCGAGCCUCUACUCUACUCCCCUGGAACUGUUGGUUGGGGCCUCUGACCUAGUAGGUUUGUGCUCGGCGCAAACACGAAACCUACUGGACAAAAACAAAAACGACUCAAAACCUAAUAAACAACGCCCAACUCGUGGCCGCGCGGAACAAUGGCACAAAUUACUGAGCCCCAAGAUCCUGAACUCAAGCAGAAAUCAACUCCUACCCGUCGCUGGGUGAACUCUCCAAACUGGCGUGUAAAGCGAGCGGACAAUCCAGAAACAGACACAGUCGAAGAUGGACCUGAAAAACGUGAGCUGAAUUUCAAUCGCAGCCCCAUGCAGAGGGGACACCAAUCUCAGAGUCGGACCUGGAAUAAGAAUAGUAAUAAUAAUCACAAUGGCAAUGAAGGAUCAAAGCCGUCCACGCCUGCCAAGGUUUCUCAUAGAGAGGAUGUUGAUUCCCCGGCCAUGAAAUCGUUUUCUGAAGGGAGGAGGCUAUAUGUGGGCAAUAUGCCGUACAUGGCGAAGAAGAAGGAUGUGGAAGCUCUCUUCACCGAAGGCGAGACGGUGUAUAACGUAGAGCGCAUCGACAUAUCAAUCGACCCCUUCACCGGACGGAACCCGUCGUACUGCUUCGUCGAGCUGGAAUCAAAGCAGCAAGCUGACCUCGCAAUGGUGGAAUUGAACGGGAAAGACAUGCUCGGUCGCCCCGUGAAAAUCAAGCCUGGUAUCCCGAAAUCGUCCAAGGAGCCCUUUGGGAGAAGAGACAUGGCCACGACGCCGGAGAAGCAGCCGCCCAGAUUCGUCUUUGAGCGAUGGGAGAGGUCGGAUGCGGCGAACCACUGGUACGAUUAUAGCGCCCAGGGCCGCCGGCUGUUCGUUGGCGGGCUGCCUAGAAUGCCAGACCAGCCGACGGCGGAUUAUGAGAUUCGGAAGUUGUUUUAUGGGUUCAAUAUCGAAGCAAUCAGCAAAGUGAUCUCCCCACAUCCAUCCAAGCGCUCCCAACCGGGAAGCCACUACUACCUCUUCGUCGACCUCGCUUCCUCCGACGAAGCAGACCGCGCCAUCGAGGCCCUCAGCGGCGUCAGCGCCGUCUGGGGCAGCAGAGUCCAUAUCAACAAGGCCCGCGGCAACUCGCACAAACCUGCCGAGCGGGACCGGUGGGAAGGGAAGCGCAGGGACGGACAGGAGGAGCAGGAGGAGCAGGAGCAGCAGGAUGCGAAUGGCGAGAGUCAGCAUGAUGAUGAAGACGGAAAUGGAAAUGGGAAGGCACCGAACGGUGGUGCUGAAUCUGGACCUCCAGCGACGACGGCGCGGUCGCGGUGGGGUCCGCCCGCUGGGUUUGAGAAUGAGGCCGCUGCGUCGUCGACGCGGAUUGCUCGCGCGGAGUCACCGCCAUAGUAUGGCUGGCUCAUCAGGACCGCGAUGCGUAUCUCUUGCAUAAUUUCUUCUGUCUUCUUUUUUUCUUUUUUCCUUUUUUCCUUCUCUCUUGGACAUCCACGUGUCUCGUUAACGCAUAGGGACCGUUUUUGCUAUGUUGGCUGAGUUCCCCCAUUCCCGUUUUACAACCAGCGAUUGUUCUCCUUUUUCUUUCUUUCUCGGGCUUUUAGACAUAUUCUCCUGCAUAUUCAAUGGCCGUUAUAGCCAUUGCAAUAUUUUCCUUAUCUUUUUUUUUUUUUGUCUUUUCUUUUCUUUAGAUUGACGAACACUGCAUUUCUUCAUGCUACUACUGCUACCCUAUCAUCAUAUUCUAUUAUUCUUGUAUAAAGCAUCUUACCGCAUAGACUUUUUUUCUCUCGCUUUCUUUUUCGCCCCUGGCACCCGUUCUUGGAUUUCGGCUGGCUGACACCAAAUGCACUACGGAAUGCUAAUUGGAAAAUCUAAUACCAGAUUCCUCUCUUUUGCUAUUUUUCUUCUCCCAGAGGGUGUAUAUCAGCUACACCGCCAGACGCGAGGAUUAUGAGCAUAUUUGGAUCCAAGUACUCGAAAAACGCGCUGUCGAGAUUCGGCUUCCUCCUUUUUUUUAACGCCGUCCUAUGAGCUACAGAUGGCCUUUUUCGGCCUUUUUUAAGCGACUGAUUAUCACGUUAGCUUUGCCCGGGAGGGGAGGUUGCGAGAUCCCCUUGGGGGCACUAGCACAAUAUUAUAAACACGUCUUCUGUCUCCCAAAAUGUGGAACCGCCUCGUUUAUGAACACUCAGGUCUCAACUCUCUUAUCGUAGCCCGAAAGCGCAUAAUGGCCGCCAGCCUGUGAACCUCAUGAUCAGAUUUGUUGUACCAUUUGACCGUGCCAUGUUGGGCUUUGAAUUUUCAAUGAUCCCUCUUUCAACGAGUCUAGCGAUUACACGCACGGUCUAGCCCUGGCAAUUCUCUGUAGUGGCUUGCCGACUUGGUGCUCGAGGAGGUGGGGUUCUUGCUCUGCAAUAAUGGCUUUCACAAUUGUAGCCUGCUGCUCGGUCAUAGAGGCUAGGCUAUUUUAUGUUCAUGAAUGUUACUAACGCCGUGAUGUCAAUCUUGAUACCUGAAGGAUGGUACUCCAAGAAUUCUGCAUCACCCUUGACUUUAUACACCCACCCAACCAGCCUGGCCUUCACGGGCGAUUAAAUAACAACCAAUGGAGCGAGAGGUUCACCGGGAGCUUGUGACUCCUAAACAAGGGGUGACACAGAGAGGGGCCUGUUCAAUGCCUUUUGGCAGUUCGCCUGAAGGAAAGCCCCAGUCCAUUCUUCCUCACCUCUUUUUCUCAUAAACUCUCACCCGUUGACAAUGCAGAACUCCAAGACGCCGAUCUGCCUGAUCGGAGUGUCGGAAGUCGGGUACCCAGACAUUUCCCUGAAACAUUUCAGCGUCCGUUCCACAUGUAUAGAGGUUCCGCUAAAACUCACCCUGUAUAAGGUAAGGACUACAAGCUCCGAAUAAAUUGAGGCUUCAACGACUGUGAGCCGUGGGAUGUUCUUCUUCCUUUAUUUCUUGAAGGUGAUGAUUUUGGAUUUGGAUCGAUGCUCAGAAGGAGAGACCUCUCCUUCAUCCUUACAGCUUCAGCCCAUAUGCGCUCUGCAUGACAGUAUAAGCGCCCUCGAUUAGAGUGAAACCGCCAAGGGGAAUGGGCUUUUCUCACUCGAUAGCUUUUCACAUUGUCCUAAAUCUUUGUAAGAACCACUAGGAAUCAUAUCCAUUCCUUGGGAUGGAGUUACACUUGAACGUGGUGCUAAUCAGAGGAUCGAAAGUGUUUUUAUUGCUGUACUCAGUGAUGGACAAUUAUCUUGUUGAAGCGGCAGGGGAACAAAAUAGUAUGAGAGCGAGCUGAGAGCAAGAACGAAUAGAAGCAUGGGACAUUGAACUGAUUGCUACAGCAAGUUGUUUGAUCUUCUCUAUUCUCUCAUCAAGAUCAAAAACUAUUGAAACAUUCAAAUCUUAUUCUGAGCUCUAAGCCCAUUUCUCCCCCCAUUAAACAAAUCCAACAUCUCCUUCCCCAUCCACAUCGCUCUCGACCUCGCAAUCCCCCGCUCAACAUCAACCAUCCUAUCCUUCUGCAAUAGCAAACCUUGCCCAUUGGCUUGCAUGCCAAUAUUUAUCAAAUGUGCCACUGCCAAAGCAACACUCUCAGCUUUAUUGAUAGGGACGCCGACUUUGGCCAUUGAGGCAGCCCAUUCGGCCGGGUCAGAGGUGGUGCGGCGUCCCGAGCUGGCGAUAAUAGGGGUUAAAGUGAUGGCGGGAGCAACGACGGAGAGGGAGAUGUUAUAUUUUGCAACGUCGUUCUUUAGGGAGCGGAGGAGGCCCACAAUUCCUGGAAAACGGGGGGUUGAUAUUAGUAGAGUAAACCAGCGCGCCAGAUAUUUAUAUAAAACUGAGCCAUAAACGCCCCAAUUGACAUAGAAUAUAUAUUAUAUAUAUAUAACAUACCAUGCUUCGCCGCACUAUAAGCCGG